AUGAUUCCUCAUCCACCAAAGUUGCAGGGCAAAGCAGUACAUGGUUCUCAGUCCGAAGCGGUAGCCGAUUCAACUGUUCCAAUCCCCACUGCAGACCAAGUCACUCUACUGCAGGAGGAGAUUGAACGGCUCGAAGACGUAUUUGUCGCCCAGUGGUUCAUGCAUCAUGGUCUUUUGUAUUGGUUUGCACAGUCUCGCGACAUCUCCACCACCACCACCAUCUCGGAGACGGAGAAGGCCCAGCCUCUCGCCAUCGGCUAUGCCCACACAGAGAGCGCGCCCUUGACAAACGGAAAUCACUCUCAGCCUGCUGAAACCCUCUUGUCCUUGUCAAACAAGGGCAUUGCCGUGGGCUAUGGCAGCAAAGCAGAGGCAUCAGGUGGGUUCAUCAUCGAUCCUCAGCCACCAUAUACCGCAACAAUAGCUCGACGAAGCAACGCGACUUCUACUGUUGCGUUCGCAUUCGUGCCAUCAUUCCGUAUUCCCCGCACCGUCGACGCUUCCUCUCCUCCAAUGCCGACCAAUAAGACGGCGACAUGGGGUACCGGCGUCGUUGAUGCUGUUGAGCUGAAGAUGCGCCAGGACCUCGGCAAGAGUGACUCGCGGCGGAGAGGUGAACAAACUAUUGCUGGAGACGGGUCUCAUGGAACACCGUCAAAUCCCUUGGACGAUGACCGUCAAGACAAUGGUGCCGUUGAGCGCCGAGAUUGCUCCCCUUCGGCAGCAUACCCUACAGAUCCCCCGGCAGGACCCUCAAGUGGUCCCAUCCGCCCGGGCUUUCCGAGCAUAGCCAUGUCCGCCACAAACAACAACACCAUCUGCGCGGCGAACAACAUCGCCGGCGACGAUAGCAACGACUCAUUCGAACCUCCGCCACAGGAGACCUCUGCAGUCUACUCAGCUCUCGCAGUCUCCCCAUGGAAUGCCGGUCUGUCACCGUCGCCGCCGCCCCUCAUCAGCCUCAGCAUCCCGUUCCCAACUCCCUAA